UUAAUAAAUGGAAAAAAUAAAAAGGUGUGAAUUUAAGAGUGAAUGAACAUGAAAGCUUAGUUGGUUUAUAAAAGUCACGGCUUUUCCUGUCAAAAACGAUCAUCUUGAUUUCUUGGCCAUGUUUGAUGGAUUUUUCAACUGAAGGAAAUUAGACCCAAAGAAUUUAGAGCAAAUUAAGCCAAUGGCGGCUGGAGACAAUUCCGAUCGUUCUCUGGAACACACUCCGACAUGGGCUCUUGCCGUAGUUUGCUUAUUCUUCAUUUCUAUCUCCAUUACCAUGGAGCACUCCUUUCAUCUCCUUUCCAACUGGCUCAAGAGGCACAAAAAAAUUGCUUUGCAUGAGGCAGUUGAAAAGCUCCGAUCAGAAUUGAUGCUUCUAGGAUUUAUAUCACUUUUCUUGGCCGCAACUCAAGAUUACAUAGCUAAAAUCUGCAUACCUUCAAGGCUAGCGAACAUCAUGCUUCCAUGCCGGAUAAAGGACGAACCAGAAGCAGCCCAAUUGCAACAUUUCCAACACUUGGCCAAUAGAAUUGUUGCGAAAUUUUCAUUGCCUCCUGCGGGUAAUGUUUUUAAUGAGAUUCUUCAGCAAUCAUACAGGCGGUUGGCUGAAGAAGAGACCGCAAAUGAUGGUGGCGGAGUUGCUGAGUCAUGCAGUGCGGGAAAGGCUCCUCUCAUUAGUAAAGAUGCAAUUCAUCAGCUUCACAUAUUUAUCUUUGUCAUGGCGGUUAUGCAAAUCGUGUAUACUAUUCUCACGCUGGGUUUGGGCAGAGCCAAGAUGAGGCGCUGGAGAGCUUGGGAGAAAGAAACUCAAACAACUGAGUACCUUGUUGCCAAUGAUCCAAAUCGAUUCAGAUUUACAAGGCAAACAACAUUUGGAAGACGACACAUGACUUCUUGUACAACAACAGCUACUGAAUUAUGGAUUAAAUCUUUCUUCAGGCAGUUCUUUAAAUCAGUGGCAAAAGUUGACUACCUCACAUUGAGACAUGGUUUCAUUUCGGCUCACUUUUCAACCAGGCACGACACCUUCAAUUUCCAAAAGCACAUAGAGAGAUCAUUGGAGGAAGAUUUCAAGGAUGUUAUUGGCAUCAGCCCUGUGAUGUGGUUUAUAGUUGUCAUCCUCUUACUACUGGAUGUGUAUGGUUGGCAUGUCUAUAGUUGGAUAUCAUAUGUUCCAGCAUUGAUCGUGCUGAUUGUAGGAACCAAACUUGAAGUCAUUGUUGCAAGAAUGGCUCUUCAAAUCAAAGAACAGAAUAGCGUAAUCGUGGGGACGCCCCUGGUUAAACCAGAUGACAAACUCUUCUGGUUUGGAAAGCCAAGAUUUCUGUUAAUACUGCUACACUAUACUCUGUUUGUGAAUGCAUUCGAGUUUGCCUUCUUCGUUUGGGUUUCAAUUCAGUUUGGGGUGAAUUCUUGCUACCAUAUACACCCUGCGAUCGUUGUCACGAGGGUUGUGUUAGCGGUGACGGUCCAAGUUCUCUACAGCUAUAUCACUCUUCCUCUCUAUGCACUUGUGACACAGAUGGGUUCUGAAUUCAAGAGUAAGGGAAUAGAAGAUAAUAUGGCAAAAAUUAUUAAGCAUUGGCAUGCUCAGGUGAGGGAGAGAAGGAAAAAACAAGAACAAUCCAUACAGUCUCCAAGAAUAUCUUUGACUAGAGAAUGGAGCACCAGACACAGCGCUGUCACCGGAAGUCCUCCUUUUGCAAGGCCAAUAUAUGCUCCAAGCGAAAGCAUUCACCAAUCUAACAGAGGAGAGAUUAUGGAAGAAUAAGAAUAGUGGUAGUAAGGGACCAAGCUUGAGAGUUGAUGUUAAACCCCCAGAGGUAAGCCAGAGAUGCCAAUAUCGAAAUGGGAGUAAAUAACAAAGGCACAGAAUGGGAGGCUAAUUCUGCAUGUGUAGCAAGUAUGUUUCCAGUUUGCAGGAAAACUCUGGCAGCAUAAAUGCUGGAGUGGGAAAACAAAGGUUGCUACAUACUGCCCAGAUUUUAUUGCAACUACAUUUACAGAGGAUAUAGUUUUGGGAAGGGCUUGAGUUAAUGAGAGUAGCACAGUUUUUUUAUUUUUUAUUUUUAAUUGUGACCCCUUUUAUUUAUUUUGAUUGAAAUUUGUAAAGAAAUUUGAGAUGCGAUUGGAGUGGGGAGUAUAUACCUGUAAGAUUAGAGGCAGAAAGGAAAAAUAACACUGGAAAAAUAUUACAUCAGAAGAGAAAUAUGUUUUACAA